AUGGGCUCUUUUCUAAAUCAACUUGAAGAGUACAUCAAUGAUGAAGCCCAAGAUAAUGGUGAUGAAUUUGAUAUCCCAUCUUCAAAGUCUGGAUUCCUUAAUAGUGCAAAUCUCAGAAGUAACUGGAGCAGAAAUGAUAGUGAUCAAUUGUCUUCAUAUCAAUUUGCUUCGUCAAUGAACAGACAUAGCUCGAAUUAUUUGAAAUCAAACUUCUCUAUUUCUCAGAAACAUAAUGACAGUCAUUACUAUAAUGACAAUCAUGAUUAUUUUGAUAAAAAAGACAAAGAUAUUGAUGGCAAUGGAAAUGGUAAUGAAUUUCCAUUUGAAAGCCCCAAUACCUCAAUGGUAACUGAUAAUUUUAUUGACUUUAAAGAUAACGAAAUAAAAGCUAUAGAUUAUACAAACAAUAGAUUGAAAUUAUCUAAUAAUAACAAUAAGAAGAAUCAUAGUAGUAGUUCCGAUUUUGGCACAUUUAAUUCAAAGAAAAACGCUGCUUAUUCUAUUAGAACAGUUGAUGUAGAUGAUUAUCACAAUACUGAAAAUUACAACAACAAUUACAAAGAUGAUCAAAAUAACACUGAUAAUCUCCCAUCUUCUCAAUAUUUUAAAAAGGAUUCGAAUUUCAAUAACAUCGAUUAUAAUAAUGGUAAUAGUAAUAAUAGUAAUAAUAAUAACUACAAGCACUUCACAUCAUACAUAAAUUUAAAUGAUGAACCCGAUCAAAUCUCAACUAUUAAACUACCUGAUAAAGUUAGAUCAAUUUUUAAUUUUAAUUAUUUUAAUAAAAUGCAGUCGAAGUCUUUUGAUUCAAUUUAUAACACUGAUCAUAAUUCUGUUAUUAGCUCUCCUACUGGCUCUGGUAAAACUGUUCUCUUUGAAUUAGCUAUCUUACGACUAUACCUCAGGAAAACUGGAAAUGAUACUCAGAAUAUAAAAGUGUUAUACAUGGCUCCCACAAAGGCUCUAUGUGUUGAAAGACAAGUUGAUUGGAUGAAAAAAUUUUCCACCACUUUAAAUUUAACUGUUGGUAUUUUAACAAGUGAUACCUCAAAAAUUGAAGCUGAGAGAGUUCGAAAAUCAAAUAUUAUAAUAACAACUCCUGAAAAAUGGGAUUUAAUAACCAGGCGGUGGUUUGAUUAUAAUAGAUUGUUUGAUUUAAUUCGAUUAUUAUUGAUUGAUGAAAUUCAUAUUUUAAGAGACAAACGUGGUUCAACGUUAGAAGUUGUAACAACAAGAAUGAAAACAAUGUGCAAUGAAAUAAGGAUUAUUGCAUUAUCUGCCACUGUUCCAAAUAUUCAAGAUAUCUCAAGGUGGUUGAAAAUUGAUUCGAUAUCAACUCAGUCUGCUGUUACUUUAGUUUUUGGUGAAGAAUAUAGAGCAAUUAAACUAAAUCGGUUUGUUUAUGGCUAUUAUCAUAAUUCAAAUAAUGAUUUUGGUUUUGAUAUAACAUUAAAUUCAAAGUUAAUUGAAAUUUUAAGGCAAAGAAGCUUUGGAAAACCUGUUUUAAUUUUUUGUCCAACAAGAAAAAUUUGUUUAACCACUUGUCAAUACAUCUCUAAAAAUGGUAAUGGUAUCUUUCAAAAUAACAAAGAUUCUAUUCUACCAGUCAAGGAUAAAGAGUUAUCUCAAUUGCUAAAUUCGGGUAUUGCAUAUCAUCAUGCUGGAUUGUCUUUUGAAGAUCGUCAGGCCGUUGAAAGAAAUUUCAUUUCUGGUGCUGUCAAAGUUCUUUGUUCCACCUCAACUUUAGCUGUUGGAGUUAAUUUGCCAGCGUAUCUAGUUAUAAUAAAGGGAACAAAAAGUUGGACUGACGCUGGUUUAGCUGAAUACUCUGAACUUGAUGUUUUACAAAUGAUUGGUAGGGCAGGAAGGCCUCAAUUUGAACAAGAAGGAACCGUUGUUAUAAUGACUGCUUCAAAAGAUAAACAGAGAUACGAAAAAUUGGUUAAAGGAACUGAAAAGAUUGAAAGUUGUUUGCAUUUAAAUUUUUUAGAAAACUUAGCAGCUGAGAUUUCAUUAGGUACAAUAAAAUGCAUAGAAACAGCAGUAAAAUGGUUAAAAAAUACCUUUUUUUAUACUCGAUUUAUUGCUAACCCAACUGCAUACAGAGAGUUGCAGUUAUUGGAUAAUCCGAGUUUUGAUCUUGAUAAGAGGUUGAGGAUAUUUUGUGAUAAAAAGAUCAACGAAUUAUUAGAAAAUCAGAUUAUUGAAACAGAUGGGAAAAAUCUCGUUAGUACAGCCUUUGGGAAAGCAAUGUCUCGGCAUUACAUUUUCUUUGAAACAAUGAAAAAACUUAUUUAUUCUCCUAAGAAUCAAACAUUGAGUGAAACAUUAAUGCUUUUAGCUAAUUCUACUGAAUUUAAAGAAAUUAAAUAUAAGAGAUCAGAGGGUAAGCUUUUAAAAGAGAUAAAUUCGUCUCCUUUAAUACGGUUUCCAUUAAAAACAAAGGAGGCUAAUCUUACAGAUGGAGACAAAAUUUCAUUAAUAAUUCAAUAUGAAUUGGGUGGAUUAGAAUAUCCUACAUAUAAUGGAUCUCUUAAACUUUACCAAACAUUUUCGUAUGAUAAGGUAACAGUUUUCAAGCAAUUACCUCGGAUAAUCCGAUGUAUGAUUGAUACUUUUAGUGAAAAAAAGGAUUCAACAUCUCUUCUCAAUACUUUAAAACUAUGGAGAUGCGUAACUGGAAAAUGUUGGGAAGAUUCUCCAAUGGUUUUAAGGCAAUUGGAAGGAAUUGGAUUAGCAUAUGUUCGGAAGUUUGUUAAUCAUGAUGUUUUAUCAUUUAAAAAUUUAAUAAAAUUAGAUAGUACAACGAUAGAAUAUUUUUUAAGAAUGAAACCCGGUUCAGGGAAUAAGAUAUUAAAAGAUGUGAACAGUAUUCCAAAGCUUUUUUUAAAAGCAAAGCUUCGAACACAUAUUAUUGAUUCAGAUUGCCAAAGCAUUGGGAUUGGAUUUACAGUUACAAUUGGAUCACAUAAUUAUCAAAAAAGUUCAACGUGGCAUAAAAAGUUGUUGAUUUUAAACAUUGUUAGUGAAGUAACAGAUGGAAUGUUGAUUGAUUUCAGAAGAAUACAUGCUUCAAAACUAGAAACACCAAAAUCCUUUGAUUUAAUGGCGAAACUUACGUGUAAAGCACAGAUAGUAAGAAUUCAUUGCUAUUGUGAAGAAAUAGCUGGUGUUGGAAAAACAAUUGAGCUAAAUUUGGAUGAAAUUCCUUCUUUUAAGUUUUCAUCAUUAAAAAAAUCGUCUUUCAAGUCAAGAGAGCCAAAGACAAUAAAGAAGGAUAUUAGUAUGAUGAAUCAUACCAUAGAUGAAUAUUUAUAUAAAAAAGCAGACAAUAAUGAUCAGUUUCCUUCGGAUGAUUUUGACGAUGACGAUGAUGAUUUAAACGACUUACUUUCCAGUGCCUGUGUUAAGAAAGUAAAAAACACCAAAGAAAAAAAUGAAGUUAAAAUUGGGUUAGAGAGUGAAGAUUUAAAAUUUUAUGAAUACAAUGUUCGAUCUGACGGAAAGUAUGAAUGCAAGCAUUUGUGCAAAGAUAAGACAAAUUGUCGGCAUAUAUGCUGCAAAGAAGGUUUGAUUACGCUUCCUAAAAACGGAAGAGCAAGCAUGCAAACAAAAAGUUUGAAUUUAGAAAAACAAGAGCAGGAAAGUGAAAUAAAGAAUAAAGACAAAGAAAACAAAAACAAAAACAACUUUAACUUCGUGAAAGAAAUACAAAACCGCAAAAAUUCUAGACGCAAAAAAGACUACAAAGACAACAAAGAAAAACCUAUUCCCAAGACGAAGAAACGAAAACUCAACGGACAGAAAAGUGUACUAUUGCAUGAUAUCGGAGACUUUUUUGAUGAGUCGGAUGAUGAGGAAUUUUCCAUUUCUGAUUACCCUUCAAUUCAGAACAUGAAGUUCAGUAAAGCGAAAGAAGCACCAACGGUGGAAAGCACCAAAGCAUUGCCAGUGUUGAAUGCGAAAAACUUUCCAACGAGUUCCAGCAGAGACAACAAAAACGAAGUAAUCGUCAUCAAAGACCUAACGGACGACGCACGCUCUGAUGGUAUGUUUAGAAUCGACAGUGAGUACCAUUUCCAGUCGAAAGGAGGAACAGAGCAAGAACCUGAGGCUACGUUUGUGCGUGAAAAAGGAGGCGAGGAAGCAGCUGAUGCAAAAGACAAAGAGUUUGAUGCGUUGCUUGAAAGCUUCGGCGAGUCUGAGAGAACACAAAAAGGCUUGGCCGAGACAAGCUUUUCGGGCCCAGAACAAGUCCUCGCACACAAACACGACUGGCUUAGUUUUUUGGGCUCGGACGUGGUUUUCGAGUAG